UGUCUGUCUGUCUGGAACGGCAUGGUGGGAGAGGUGAUUCAAAAGAAGGCAGCGAUGGCAGUGGGGUCGUUGACCAUCAAUGAGGAAAGGUCAGAGGUCAUAGACUUCUCUGUCCCCUUCGUGGAGACGGGCAUCAGCGUCAUGGUCGCCCGGAGCAACGGCACCGUCUCCCCCUCCGCCUUCCUCGAGCCCUUCAGUGCGUCUGUCUGGGUGAUGAUGUUUGUGAUGUUACUCCUGGUCACGGCCGUCUCUGUCUUCCUGUUUGAGUUUGUCAGUCCACUGGGAUUCAACCGCAACUUGGCCCAGGGCAAAGACCCCCACGGUCCGUCGUUCACCGUUGGGAAGGCGGUGUGGCUGCUGUGGGGUCUGGUGUUCAACAACUCUGUCCCGGUUCAGAACCCUAAAGGCACCACCAGUAAGUUCAUAGUGUCGGUGUGGGCCUUCUUCGCCGUCAUCUUCCUGGCCUCUUACACAGCCAACCUGGCUGCCUUCAUGAUCCAGGAGGAGUUUGUUGACCAGGUCACGGGACUGUCUGACAACAAGUUCCAGAACCCGUAUGCGUACUCCCCUCCAUUCCGUUUUGGGACGGUUCCUAACGGUUCAACAGAGAGGAACAUCAGGAAGAAUUACCCCGACAUGCACGAGUACCUGGUGAAAUAUCACCAAGGAGGAGUGCAGGAUGCACUGGUCAGCCUCAAAGCAGGUAAACUGGAUGCCUUCAUCUAUGAUGCUGCUGUGUUGAACUACGCUGCUGGCAGAGACGAGGGCUGUAAGCUGGUCACCAUCGGCAGCGGGUACAUCUUCGCCACCACCGGCUACGGCAUCGCUCUGCAGAAAGGGUCGCACUGGAAACGACAGGUGGACCUGGCGAUACUGGCCAUCAUAGGAGAUGGUGAGAUGGAGGAGUUGGAGGCUAUCUGGCUAACAGGCAUCUGUCACAAUGAGAAGAACGAGGUGAUGUCCAGUCAGCUGGAUAUAGACAACAUGGCCGGAGUGUUUUACAUGCUGGCUACCGCCAUGGGCCUGUCUCUAAUUACCUUCAUAUCAGAACACCUCUUCUACUGGAGGCUGAGAUACUGUUUCACUGGAGUCUGUAAUGGACGACCUGGUCUGCUCUUCACCAUCAGCAGGGGUAUCUGGUCUUGUGUCCACGGGGUCCAUAUAGAGUUAAAGAAGAAGCCUCCAGAGUUGGACUUCUCUCCUCAGGCCAACAUGUUACACCUUCUGAAGUCAGCUAAGAAGAUCACCCUAUCUUCUUCAUCUCCUAAACGCUCCCCGGCCUUGCUGCAGCCCGGUAUCAUCAACAUGAUGAAAGGGAACUCUGUCGUCAGUCUGUCUCCUAAAGGCCAGGGUGGUCUCUAUAGCAACACUUCCACUCUCCAGGGCUUCCUGGGUCGGCACAAAGACCUGCUGAAUAACUCAUCCCCAGGCCCGUACCCCGGGAAACCCAAACCCCACCCCCUCAGCCUCAACGACGUAGAGGUCAGCGUUACCGCCGACAAGGCAAACCCCACCCCCGGCCCGUCCGGCCCCGCUUCCAAACCCCGCGCCCUAUGGAAGAAGAGCGUGGAGACGCUGAAACAAGGACCAAUCCCGUUGUCCGGUCCCGCCGGUGGUCCCGCCCCCGGAUCCGCUGGCUCCGCCUCUGUCCCGGGCCAUGCAACAAUGAAGAGCCAGCGCUACCUUCCUGAAGACCCGCCCCAUUCCGACAUUUCCGAGUGUUCCAGCCGGCCCCCCUCCUACAUGGAAUUCGAUCUGGGGGGGCCCAGGAUGGGGAUGGGGGGGUUCAAACCCCCAAAAGACGGGCUGAAGAAACGCCCGGUGGGCGGGGUGGGAGGUGUCGGAGGAGGAGGCGGCGGCAGCGGGAGGAGUCACGAGAAGAUCUAUUCCAUAGACUCAGACCAGGCCAGUCUACACUCCGCCCCGCUCUACCAGAGAGACAGCCUCCAGGAACCGCCCGACGUCACACACACGCACCCCGACCUCAGACACUCUCACUCGGAGCACUCCAACACCGUGGACGCUUCCGUCCUGCAGCUGAGCGCCAGUCUGCUGCACCACAGCCACUCUGCCGACGCUGACCUCCAUUCUCUGAAGGACAACAAGUACAGCACCUACAAACACACCAGCACUGGAGCUGCCUCCUCAGGCAAAGACAAGAGCAAUGGUUCCUACGAUGCUCCAGGGGGCCAGAGACAGACCCAUUGCCGGUCCUGUCUAGGGAAGUUAUCAGGUUACUCUGGUCUGUACACAGUCCGCUCCCCUCAGAACCGCUGUGAUGCCUGCAUCCACCUGGGAAACCUCUACGACAUCAGUGAAGACCAGCUGCAGUACCAGACCUAUUCACAGGCACACGCACCAAACACACACUCUCCACACGCACACUCCCCAAACACACACUCUCCACACGCACACUCCCCACACGCACACUCCCCAAACACACACUCUCCACACGCACACUCUCCGCACGCACACACACACACCCAGCACACACACCCUCACUCUGGCGGGGACAUGUUCACCCACUACCUGCCUCAGAGCGAGCUGGGUCUGGUGGGCGAGGGUGAUGGGUUGGUGAGUCACUACCUCCCCCCUGCCGGAACCUCCCCCCCAGGAUCUCACCUCUCCACCCAGCUCAGCCGACAGCCCUCCUACGAGAACGUCCCUGAGAAGCAGCAGCAGCAGCAGCAGCAGCGUCGGGGGGGCGGCAGGGAGUCAGAGAGGCAGCAGAGUCAGUUCAGAGGGUUCAGUCUGCCAGACAGGGACAACAGCAGAGAUAACAACAGCUUUGGUCUCCUGGAGGAUAGUCCCUACGCUAACGUCCUCACCAUGCGCUCUGACCGACCCUACUCCUCCUCCCCCCUCAACCACUCUCUGGAUCCCGUCCUGCCCCUCCCCCUGCCCCUCCCCCGCCGCUCCAAGUCCCUGUACCCCGACCGGCCCUCCCAUAACCCCUUCCUGCAGGGCGGAGGGGGGACGGGGCAGCGAGGAGAGAACAGCCUGGCCGCAGCACAGCGCCUGGCACAUGGCCGCUCCGCCACCGACCUCUACAAACAACUAGUCCCCCUGGCGAUGACGCUCGGCAACCACCACGGGCAUCCCCACGGCAACCACCAGGAGUUCUUCUACCCCGUGGGCUCAGAGACGGCAGUGAUGUCGUACGUGAUGGCUCCGCCCGCCGUGGCGGCCCAGCAGCCAAUCGGCUACGUGACGGCUCCCCGGGCCUCCAGCGCCGGUGGAAACAGGCCACGCCUCUACCGACGCAUGCCCAGCAUCGAGUCCGACGUCUGAGACACACACACACACACGGGAGAGAGAUUGUGUGUGCUGGUGUUAGGGACAAAUCUGACUUAACAAACACACACACAGCUGAACAGAACAGUCCUAGUCCUCAGUGUUUUCUAUGAGGAGUUAAACCUCCUUCAUAAACCACUAAUACUAUACAACCUAUAAACAGGUGGUCUACCACUGACUUUACAGGAGAGGAGAGGAGAGGAGAGGAGA